AUGUUGAAAAGCGGGGAGAAAAGAGAAGAAAGCAUUACAUUGGCCAUUGACAAAGACAAAGAGAGUCAGAACGCGUUGAGAUGGACAGUGGAAAACCUUGUUAGCAAAGGACAGACUCUUACUCUUCUUCAUGUCAAACUCAAACAGUUCCCUUCUCUUCCCUAUUCAGGGUCUUACCCGAAUAGGUCAGGCGAUGACAAGACAGAAUUGUUUCUUCCAUUCCGCUGCUUUUGUGCUAGAAAAGACGUCAUCUGCCAAGAUGUGAUUGUCGAGGACGUAAGUGCGGCUAAAGGAAUACUUGAUUAUGUUCAAAAGAACGCAAUCGAGACUCUAGUGCUUGGUGCAUCCAAGAUGAAUCUUUUGAGAUUCAAAGCAGCUGAUGUUUCAAACACCGUCAUGAAAAGGGCACCGAGUUUCUGCACAGUUUAUGCAAUCUCUAAAGGAAAAAUCUCCUCCAUGAAGUCAGCAACAUCUUCACUUCCCAGCUCCACUUUGCGGCAUUCUCAAACCAGCAAUAUGAAUGUUGAAAGGAAACAACAUACAAUGCAAAGAACACAUGACGAGAUACAGAUCGAGAUCAAAAGAGGAUACGAAGGAAGAUACCAGCCCUCAAUGACAGACUCUGACAUAUCAUUUGUGAGUAGUGGAAGACCAAGCGUGGAUCUUAUGUUCCCUUCCUUUGAUGACCAUCUUGAUGUUCCCCGCUUCUCACUCACCUCUGAUUAUGAAGAAAAUAGUAUUAGUUUCUCUUCUUCAAAUAAGCAGUCCAUAGAUCUUGGCUCUUCAUAUACAGCAUUCUCUUCAAGCUCUGGUAGACCUUCAUGUUCCCUAUCGUCCCAAGAUGAGAUUGAAGCUGAGAUGACAAAGCUGAAAAUGGAGCUAAAGCAUACAAUGGAAAUGUAUAACAGUGCCUGCAAGGAAGCAAUCUCUGCUAAGAAGGCGGCUACUGAGUUACACAAGUGGAAAGUAGGUAAGGAACAGAAACUAGAAGAGGUAAAACUUGCCAAGGAAGCAGCGAUAGCAAUGGCUGAGAGUGAGAAAGAAAAGAGCAGAUCAGCGAUUGAAACUGCAGUGGCAGCUCACAGAACAGCAGAACUUGAAGCUCAAAAGACAAAGCAUAUUGAGGAAAAUAAAAAGCCUUUAGUGAAAACAACAACUGAUUUGAGGUAUAGAAAAUAUACAAUUGAGGAUAUUGAAGUAGCCACUGAAGAUUUCUCGCCGAGUCGCAAAGUUGGAGAAGGAGGCUAUGGUCCUGUUUACAAGGGAACACUAGAUUAUACUCAAGUGGCAAUAAAAGUUCUAAGACCAGACGCUGCACAAGGAAGGUCUCAGUUCCAGCAAGAGGUUGAAGUAUUAACUUGUAUGAGACAUCCAAACAUGGUUCUCCUACUUGGAGCCUGUCCGGAAUACGGAUGUUUAGUCUACGAAUACAUGGCAAAUGGUAGCUUAGAUGACUGUCUUUUCAGACGACCAAACUCUUCAGUACUUUCUUGGCAGCUAAGAUUUCGCAUAGCAGCUGAAAUCGCAACCGGUCUUCAUUUCCUCCACCAGAUGAAACCGGAGCCUUUGGUGCACCGUGACCUUAAACCGGGAAACAUUUUACUUGACCAGCAUUUCGUUAGCAAGAUUUCUGAUGUUGGCUUGGCAAGGCUAGUCCCUCCUUCGGUUGCUGACACUGUAACUCAAUAUAGAAUGACCUCAACAGCUGGAACAUUCUGUUACAUUGAUCCAGAAUACCAGAAGACCGGCAUGUUGGGGACUAAAUCAGACAUUUACUCUUUUGGGAUUAUGCUUUUGCAAAUACUUACAGCUAAGCCACCAAUGGGCUUGACUUAUCACGUCGAGAGUGCAAUCGAAAACGGAAAUUUCGCUGAGAUGUUAGACCCUGCUGUGCAUGACUGGCCACUCCAAGAGGCUUUGGUUGCAGCCAAACUUGCUCUACAGUGUGCUGAAUUAAGACGCAAAGACAGACCUGACUUGGGGAGUGUUGUUUUGCCUGAGCUUAACAGACUCAGGACACUAGCUGAAGAAAGCAUGCUGCCCACUGCUAACUUUGGCGGAAGCCAACGACCUACUAGGAGCCGGAAUAAUAUCCACAUCCAAAGUCCAGUGUCCACGACUUCAUUACAUGUAUGAAUCUACGAAACUGUUAUGAAUCAUGAAGUGGAUGGUCCAUAACGAAAACCAUACAAGUUCAAGACUAGAGUCUUUUGGAGGUUUACAUCCAGCCACAUGGAAGACCCAUUCAACCUUAGUCUUUAUGAGUUUGACCAUGUCAUUAUGUAG